CGAAAUAUAACUCGGGAAUUAAAUGAAAAUAAACUAAACUAAAGCCAUGUGAUAGAAGUUACCACGGCAACCCGCGGAUUCUGCAAAACACAAAUAAUGAUUUAAUAUACGCGCUUCUCAGUGUUCUUCGGCUUUAUGGUUUAUUUUCGUAGCAUUUAUUUUGGUGAUUUGUUUGGUUUGCAUUGAACAUAUUGUUUACCCAAACCAACAGCAUAUUCGGGGAGACCGACAUAAUAACCAUUAAGGCAAUUACAACCAUUAUAAACAACAAUAUCGAAAUGAGCAAUACAGAAAUGCCUGCUGAACUUGAAAAACAAAUUUAAGCAUGCUUGAUCCAGUAUUCCGGCAGCCAGGUCUUAAUAGUGUGUCUACGAGAAAAGCCCAAGGAACAAUAAAAACACCAGCGGAUUCUUUCAUUCAGCAUCAACAUUACGGAGAAACAAGUACUAUUGCUAUUCCAGCGUUUUCCGCGUGGCCGCAUUUUCCGAGUGCUUUAAGUGUUUUCCCAGAAUUACAUCAGACCUUCACCUGGACAGCUCCUCCUCCUAAUGUUGGGUAAAUUCACCUCGAACCAUGUCCAGGUCUAUCACCAGUACUCGCGUCCAGUGCCCGUAAAGAAGCCCGUUAAGCACCAGCCGCGUAGUUGGAUCGAGACAAAUUUCCAGAAGCGCGAAUGCAUCAAGUUCAUACCAUGCCCAAAGGACGAUACAAAAUGCUGUUGUGGCCAAGUCCAAAUCACACAUCAGACGAUACCGGGCAUCGAGAGUGGUUCACCCGGCGACCUUUGGCUGCCCACCAAGCACACACGCCCCCAGCCCACCGAUGCCUAUGGCACCAUCGAGUUCCAGGGCGGAGCACAUCCCACAAAGGCACAGUAUGUACGCCUGUCGUUCGACACGCGGCCGGAGCUGCUGGUGCAGCUCUUCACCAAGGAAUGGAAUCUGGAAUUGCCAAAACUUUUGAUCACCGUGCAGGGCGGCAAGGCCAACUUUGAUUUGCAGGCCAAAUUGAAGAAGGAGAUACGCAAAGGACUGCUGAAGGCGGCCAAGACCACGGGAGCCUGGAUAUUCACCGGCGGCACCAACACCGGAGUCACCAAGCAAGUGGGCGAUGCCCUGCUCCUGGAGGGACAGCAGCGGACAGGACGAGUGGUCAGCAUCGGCAUCGCUCCCUGGGGCAUCGUCGAGCGCAAUCACGAGCUGUUGGGCCACAACCGCGAGGUGCCCUGCCACAGCAUAAGUUCGCCCAGAUCCAAGUUGGCCGUGCUGAACAACCGGCAUGCAUACUUCCUGCUGGUGGACAACGGCACCCAGGCCAAGUACGGAGCGGAGCUGAUCCUGCGCCGCAAGCUGGAGAAGUUUAUAUCCAACCUGAAGCUACAUCCAUCAAAGAAUCACUGGCUUAAAACAAAUGUCACACAUUCCAGUACACCCGUCGUCUGCCUGGUGAUCGAGGGUGGAACCAACACGAUACGUGCGGUGCUCGAAUACGUGACGGACUCGCCGCCGGUUCCGGUGGUCGUGUGUGACGGAUCCGGGCGUGCCGCCGACCUGCUUGCCUUCGUCCACAAAUAUGCGUCGGAUGGCGAGGAGCAGCCGGUGCUGGAGUCCAUGCGGGACUAUCUCAUUGGAACGAUACAGAAGACCUUCGAGGUGGGCCUGGACCAGUCCGAGAAGCUGUACCAGGAGCUGUUGCAGUGCACAAGGAACAAGAAUCUGAUUACCGUCUUUCGCAUACAGGAAAAGCCCGAGGGCGAGGCACAGGAGCUGGAUCAGACCAUCCUGACGGCACUCUUCAAGUCACAGCAUCUGAGUCCUCCGGAGCAAUUGAGCCUGGCCCUGACGUGGAAUCGCGUGGACAUAGCGCGCAGCGAGAUAUUCGUCUAUGGCCAGGAGUGGCCCAAUGGGGCCCUCGACGAGGCCAUGAUGCAGGCCCUGGAACAUGAUAGAAUCGAUUUCGUCAAAUUACUCCUGGAGAAUGGCGUUUCGAUGAAGAAAUUUUUAACAAUACCGCGCCUCGAGGAGCUCUACAAUACCAAGCACGGGCCGGCCAAUACGUUGGGCUAUAUCCUGCGCGAUGUCCGACCGCAUAUACCCAAGGGCUACAUUUACACGCUCCACGACAUCGGGUUGGUGAUCAAUAAACUGAUGGGCGGCGCAUAUCGAUCCUAUUACACGCGCCGCAAAUUUCGGCCCAUCUACGCCAAGGUUAUGAACAGCUAUGCCAACGCCUGCCGCAAGUCCUCCACCUACCAGUAUCAGCGCUAUGCCGGAGCCAAUUCCCUUAGCCUGGUCACCGGCCUGCUGCCCUUCACCUCCGAAAUGGCCCUCUUCGAGUUCCCCUUCAAUGAGCUGCUGAUCUGGGCGGUGCUGACCAAGCGCCAGCAGAUGGCCUUGCUGAUGUGGACGCAUGGGGAGGAGGCGCUGGCCAAGUCCCUGGUAUCCUGCAAGUUGUACAAGGCCAUGGCCCAUGAGGCGGCCGAGGAUGACCUGGACACGGAGAUCUAUGAGGAGUUGCGCUCCUAUGCCAAGGAGUUUGAGAGCAAGGGUAACAAAUUGCUGGACUUUAGCUAUAGACAGGAUGCGGAGAAGGCCCAGCGCCUGCUCACCUGCGAGCUGCAUUCCUGGUCCAACCAGAGCUGCCUGUCCCUGGCCGUGGCGGCCAAUCAUCGCGCCCUGCUGGCCCAUCCCUGCAGUCAGGUGAUCCUGGCGGAUCUGUGGAUGGGAGGACUGCGUACCCGCAAGAAUACCAACUUCAAGGUCAUUUUGGGCUUGGCGAUGCCCCUGUACAUCCGGCAGCUGGACUUUAAAACCAAGGAGGAACUCCAGCAAAUGCCACAGACUGAGGAGGAGCAUCUGGAGAAUCAGAAUCUGGACAACGAUGACUCGGAUCGUUCGCAGCCGGAUGCCGAGUGCAAGCUAAUGCCAGCUGAACAGCUGAACAGUUCGCCAUCCUUUAAGAGUGUCUCGAACUCAACAGAUGCUCUGUUGGCGGAUACUUACUCAGUGCGCGAUACAAAAGUACACGAAAAUGGCAAAGUUAAUCUCACUGCUGGAGCGGAUGAACAGCCCUCCAAAGUCUCCCUCACCGACUCGGAUCCUGCCCAGUUCCGGGAGUUCUUCAAUCUCUCCGAGUACAACGAGGUGAAGCAGCAUCAGCCCCUGCGCCUGAAGAAGAAGUUCUACGAGUUUUAUACGGCACCCAUUACCAAAUUCUGGGCCGAUUCGAUUGCCUAUAUGUUCUUCCUGAUAAUGUUCUCCUUCACGGUGCUGGUGAAGAUGGAGACGAUGCCGCGGUGGCAGGAAUGGUACUCGAUAGCGUACAUCACCACGUUGGGCUUUGAGAAGGUGCGCGAAAUCAUAUCCUCCGAACCGGUGGCCAUUACGCAUAAAUUCUCGGUGUGGGCGUGGAAUAUGUGGAAUCCCUGCGAUGGCGCCGCCAUAAUACUCUUUCUCAUUGGACUGGCAUUUCGGUUUCGAGGUAGCACCAUGGACAUUGGCAGGGUUAUCUACUGUGUAGAUAGCAUCUACUGGUAUCUGCGUAUCCUGAAUAUCCUGGGAGUCAACAAGUAUCUGGGUCCUCUGGUCACCAUGAUGGGAAAAAUGGUCAAGAACAUGAUUUACUUUGUGGUCCUGCUGGCCGUCGUCCUCAUGAGCUUCGGGGUCAGCCGGCAGGCCAUUCUGUAUCCCGACAAGCAGCCCACCUGGGGCCUGAUCAAGGAGGUCACCUUCCAGCCCUACUUCAUGCUGUACGGAGAGGUGUUCGCCGGCGAUAUUGACCCACCCUGCGGCGAGGAUCCCAGCCAGCCGGGCUGCGUCACUGGCCAUUGGGUAACGCCGAUAACGAUGUCCAUGUAUCUGUUGAUUGCCAAUAUUCUGCUGAUAAAUCUACUCAUCGCCGUGUUCAAUAAUAUCUUCAACGAGGUCAAUUCGGUGUCCCAUCAGGUAUGGAUGUUCCAGCGUUUUACCGUUGUUAUGGAGUACCAACAGAAGCCCGUCCUGCCGCCGCCAUUCAUCGCGCUGUGCCACUUCUACUCGCUGCUCAAGUACUGUGUGAGAAAGGCGAAAGGAUUGGAGGUGCAGCGGGACAAUGGUCUCAAGCUGUUCCUCGAAAAGGACGACCUGGAGCGACUGUACGACUUUGAGGAGGAGUGCGUCGAGGGCUUCUUCCACGAACAGGAAAUCAUUCUCAAUCAGUCGACGGACGAAAGGGUAAAGAACACCACCGAGCGGGUGGAGACAAUGUCGCAGAAAAUCGAGGACAUCAAUCAGAAGGAGAAUAUACAAACGGCCACCGUUCAGAACAUUGAGUUCCGGCUGCGCAAGAUGGAGGAAUCCUCGGAGCAGAUACUCUCCCACCUGGCCGUCAUACAUCGCUUCAUGUCCACACACAUUGCUGGCACAGAUGACCUGCGGGGGUCCACGAUAAACAUUCCGUCGGAGAUGCACCGCAUGCGUACCAUCUCGAUAUCUGAUACGGAGGGCGGUGGCAAUGGCAGUGGUGGCGCAGGAGGAGGAGGAGGAGGAGCAGGAAGUGGUAGUGGCGGUGGUGGAGCUGUUGUGCCACUGGCCCUGGGCGCCGGACUGAAUUUAAAUUCGCUGCAGGUGACCACACGCCGUCGAUUCAAUCGCUCGCUGACCGAGGUCCGGCCGGAUGCGUACAUCUUCGAUGAGGGCACCCACUUCGAGGUGGUGCCACUGCCGGAGGAACCCGACGAAGUGGUCAAAUCCCGUGAGGCUCUCAACGAGCAGGUGGUGCGCAAGGCGUCGAUGCAAUCGGAGGCGGACUCGGACAUCUAUCUGCCGCUCUCGCAGAGGCCUUCCACCUGCGAGACUGUCAAGCGGACGCCGUAUGUCACCGUGCGCCAGGACACCGGGGCCAGCACUGAGAGCAAGGACACGCUAACGCCGAUGGGCAAUGACGAUGAUCAGACGCUCGUCGGCGGCGAUAACUCGGAUGAUGCAGCGCCGGAUAUCAACUUUGAGGCUGCCCGGCAUCGGGCCUUGAGACAGCGGACUGUGUCCUUGUGUCGCCGCAACUCUGAGACUUACUCCCUCACCGGAGCGGACAUCAAUCGGUCGCACAUCAGCCUCAAUCAGCUGGCCUCGCUCUCCCGCCGCCAGAUGAGCCUGACGCAGUCGGAGCCGGACAGCGACAAGGAUGCGCCAGCAGGCGCCGCGGGCUCCUCCUCCGCUCAUCCGGGUAAAUCAGUAUUGCAUGCGAAACCCUCCAGAAAUAUCUUGCUGAAACUGCACAGCGAGUACACCUCGAUCACGGACGAGUUGGAGAGCGUCUGCCACAUGAUAGCAUCGCCCACGGUCUCCCUGCAGAGCAACAAAGCUUCACUGGACCGGCCCAAGACGGAGAUGUCGCGGGCGGAGGCCGCCGCCCUGCUGGAGAAGAAGCAUUUGAAGGAGUGCGAGGAGAAUGAUUACAAGAUACUGGAGGGCCUUAUUGAGGCACGCGGCUCCAUUGAUGCCAGCGCCCAGGCCUUUGAGAUCGGCGUUUCCAUAGACUACAGCCAUCGCUAUCCGCUGCGACGCGAGACUGCCGUUGAGCUGUCACCAUCGAAGCCCUCGGUCGAGGGCGACCUGAUGGGCGGGGCCACCGGAGGUGGUGCCAGCGGCGGCGGUGGUGAUAGUAGCGACACCAGCGGAGCUGGUAGCUGCGGUGCCAUGGUCGUCGUCUCGAGUGGCUUCCAGCUGAAGAACGAGCGCCCCUGGCAGCGUAACUCUUCGAUGGAGCAGCAAACCUAUCCCUCACCCCUGGUGCCCACGCGGGCAACCAGUGACUUCCUAAAUCCUCCCUACGAAGGCACCGGCCGGCUCUUCAAGAAGUCCAGCGAGAGUCUGCAAAAGAAUUCCAGCACGGAGACGGACUACUCGGCUCAUCCGUAUCGCUUUAUCAAGCAGAGCUCCAAUGAGACAAACACCUCGCUGACGGGCUCCUACAACGUGGACACGCCGUCGCUGACGGCCGAGCCCUCGCUGGAUGCCGGCGACUCGCACUCGGCGACGGGGAUUAGCAUUAGCGUUGGUGCCGCUGGCGGCGCUGCCACGGCGCGUUACCAGCCCAUCCGCACGGCCUCUGUGGGUGCCGCCGACGGCAGGCGGUUGCGGGACGAGAGCUCCAGCUCCCUGGAUCUCAGCUCGGGUGGAACAACUGGGCCAGUGACGAUGCAGGCAGCGCCGGCACCGCCAUCGCGUCCGAUGCUGCUGAAGAAACAGUUUAGCGUGGACCAGGGCAAGCCGUCUCAGCCGGCGGAGACCGGUGCCACGAGUACGGCUACAGCUCCGGCUCUGACGCCGGAUGCUGCUCAGGUUGGGGCCAAACUGAUUUCCACGCUCAAGCCGCAGCCCUUUGCGAGCAAGCUGGGCAUGAACGUGCUCAAGGAGAGCAGCUCCAGCACGGAGGAGUCGGGCUGUUCGUCUGCCAAGAGCAGCAACCCGGCCCUGUCCAUACCCCAGAUCAGUACGCAUCUGGUGCAGGACGAGAUCGCGAAGCUGUCGUCGAACAUCAAGAGCAGCACCGAGUCGGAGAAGGAUCCGCCGUUCAACGAGACAAUGUGUUAGCAAAAAAGCAGGAGGCUGCUCAAUGGGAUAACUAGUCAUAGGAUGAGCUGGGUGAUACGAGCCUAGAGAGCUAGGAAAUCAGAUAUCAGAUAUAUACAUAGUCGGGGGGAUCGCAUGUUACUUACUACGCGUUAAUGAUUUUUGACAAUACAUAGUUCACAAAUUCUCUGUAUUUUUAUACAAGUAUUUAUUUAGAAAGCAAAGUCAUUGUUGUUGUUAUACACUCUACAGAAAGGGAAGGUAGUCGGGCAUGGAAUAUGUGUUUUGUUUAUGUGUUUUUUUUUU